GCAGUAUCAUCUUGGAGAGCAUCAUGGGCGUGCUUAGUGUGUCUCUGUGUGAGAGAAGGUGAGUAACAUUGAUGGCCAUUUAGGAGUGGAAUCAGUACUGUAGCCACUCCCUGAGCCGUGGACCCCGCUGUCGCGACCGCUCCACUGCUUCACUGAGUGCCUGGAGAGCUGGGCGGGAGACGCGUCCUGGUUCAUUCUAAGUGGAGAAAUAGCCUUCAGUUUACGCCGGGGAAGGGAUAAAGGAAUCAAAACCCUAACUUUUUUUUCGAAGUGACAUCUGGAUCCUACAUUUAUUUUCAAGUGUGGAUUGAAAGAAGGGGUCCUUUGUGCAUACAAUUAAGGGGGGGGAUUAUGUCCAAGAUGGAGGUGAAGACGUCACUUCUCGACAACAUGAUAGGGGUGGGGGACAGCGUCCUCCUGGAACCCCUCACAGAAGACUCCUUCUUGGAGAACUUGCGGAAGCGCUUCGACCACAAUGAGAUCUAUACCUAUAUUGGCAGUGUGGUUAUCUCCCUGAACCCCUACAAGCACCUCCCCAUCUACACAGCAGAGAAGGUGGAGGAGUACCGCAACAGGAAUUUCUAUGAGCUCAGCCCCCACAUUUAUGCCCUGGCUGACGAGGCUUACCGAUCUCUGCGAGACCAGGACAAAGACCAGUGCAUCCUCAUCACAGGAGAGAGUGGAGCCGGCAAGACAGAGGCCAGCAAGCUGGUGAUGUCAUACGUGGCGGCCGUGUGCGGCAAGGGCCAGGAGGUGAACAAGGUGAAGGAGCAGCUGCUGCAGUCCAACCCAGUGCUGGAGGCCUUUGGGAAUGCCAAGACUGUCCGGAAUGACAACUCCUCUCGAUUUGGGAAAUAUAUGGACAUCGAGUUUGACUUCAAAGGGGACCCUAUAGGAGGAGUCAUCAGUAACUAUCUUCUGGAGAAAUCUCGAGUGGUUAAGCAGCCUCGUGGGGAGCGCAACUUUCACGUUUUCUACCAGCUCUUGUCCGGAGCGUCAGAAGACACACUCAAAAAACUGAAGCUGGACAGAGACUUCAGCCAAUACAACUAUUUGAGUCUGGACUCGGCAACAGUCAAUGGACUGGAUGAUGCAGCGAACUUCAGAACAGUCAGGAACGCCAUGCAAAUUGUGGGCUUCAUGGAGGACGAGGUGCAGUCUGUGCUGGAGCUGGUGGCCGCCGUGCUGAAGUUGGGCAACAUCGAGUUCAAGCCUGAGUCGAGGGUCAACGGCUUCGACGAGAGCAGAGUCAAAGACAAGAAUGAUCUGAAGGAGAUGUGUGAGCUGCUGGGGAUAGAGCAGUCUGUGCUGGAGAGGGCCUUCAGCUACCGCACCGUGGAGGCAAAGAUGGAGAAGGUGUCCACCACCCUCAACGUUGCUCAGGCCUACUAUGCCCGAGAUGCCCUCGCCAAAAAUCUCUACAGCCGACUCUUCAGCUGGCUGGUUAACCGCAUCAAUGAAAGCAUUAAGGCACAAACUAAACAUCGCAAGAAAGUAAUGGGUGUGCUGGAUAUCUAUGGCUUUGAAAUAUUUGAGGACGGAGACAACAGUUUUGAGCAGUUCAUCAUCAACUAUUGCAACGAGAAGCUGCAGCAGAUCUUCAUCGAGCUGACGCUCCGCGAGGAGCAGGAGGAGUAUAUCCGUGAGGGCAUCGAGUGGACCAACAUUGAAUAUUUCAACAAUGCCAUCAUAUGUGACCUCAUCGAGAAUAACCAGAAUGGGAUCUUGGCCAUGUUGGAUGAGGAGUGCCUGCGGCCGGGCACCGUGACUGAUGAAACCUUCCUGGACAAACUCAACACCAUCUGUGCUGAGCACCAGCACUUUGAGAGCCGUCAGAGCAAGAACUCCAAGUUCCUGACGGACCACAGCCUGCCACACAACUGCUUCCGCAUCCAGCACUACGCUGGCAAGGUGCUGUACCGUGUGGAGGGUUUUGUGGACAAGAAUAACGAUCUGCUCUACCGAGACCUCUCCCAGGCCAUGUACAAGGCCAACCACAGCCUGAUGAAACAACUCUUUCCCGAGGGCAACCCAGCCAAGAUCAACCUGAAGAGACCACCCACUGCAGGCUUCCAGUUCAGAGUCUCCGUGUCAACACUCAUGAAAAACCUCCAGACCAAGAAUCCCAACUACAUUAGGUGCAUCAAGCCCAAUGACAAGAAGGCGCCUCACAUCUUCACAGACACGCUGGUGUGCCACCAGGUGCACUACCUGGGGCUGAUGGAGAACGUACGUGUGAGGAGAGCCGGCUACGCUUUCCGCCAACCCUACGAGCCCUGUCUGGAGCGCUACAAGAUGCUCUGCAAGCAGACCUGGCCUCACUGGAGGGGUCCUGCCAGGGAGGGAGUGGAGGUGUUGCUGACAGACUUGCAAGUGGCCCAAGAGGAGUACUCUUACGGUCGCUCAAAGAUCUUCAUCAGGAACCCCAGAACACUAUUCUUUCUGGAGGAGAAGAGGAGGCAGUGUCUACAGGACCUGGCAACACUCAUCCAGAAGAUCUACCGGGGCUGGAAGUCCCGCACCCAUUUCCUGCUACUGAAGAAGAGUCAGGUGGUGGUGGCUGCCUGGUAUCGGCGUUAUGCGCAACAAAGGAAGUACCAGAAGAUUAAGAGCUCCACCGUAGUGAUUCAGUCCUUCAUCAGAGGAUGGAAGGCACGAAAGAUCCUGCGUGAGCUGAAAUACCAGAAGCGCUGUGAAGAGGCUGUGACUACCAUUGCAGCUUACUGGCACGGAACUCAGGCUCGGACAGAACUGCGGCGUCUUAAGGAGGAGGCCAGGAAUAAGCACGCUGUCACUGUCAUUUGGGCAGCCUGGUUGGGAACUAAGGCUCGGAGGGAACUGCGACGUUUAAAGCAUGCGGCACGGAGUAAGCAGGCCGUGUCCAUCAUAUGGGCUGGCUGGCAAGGGACAAAGGCCCGCAGAGAGCUGAAGAGACUGAAGGAGGUGGCCAGGCGUAAGCACGCUGUCGCAGUCAUUUGGGCCUACUGGUUGGGACUUAAGGUUCGUCGGGAGUACAGGAAGUUCUUCCGGGCCAACGCUGGCAGAAAGAUCUAUGACUUCACCAUCCAGAGGCUUAUGCAGAAAUACUUCCUGGGGCUUAAGAACACCGUCCCUUCCAUGUCCCCCAUUGAUAAAACAUGGUCUAACAGACCCUACCAGUUCCUGGAUGGAGCUCACACGGAGCUCAGGAGGAUGUUUCACCUGUGGAGAUGCAAAAAAUACAGGAGCCAGUUCACAGAGGAGAAGAAAGCCAUCUACGAGGAGAAACUCGAGGCCAGUGAGAUUUUCAAAGACAAGAAGGCCCUGUACCCAAGCAGCGUGAGUCAGUCUUUCAAAGGUGACUACCUGGAGAUCAAUAAGAACCCUAAGUACCAGAAACUGAACAGUGUGGUCGAGGAGAAGAUUCUUCUGGCUGAUUUCGUCAACAAGAUUAACAGGGCCAAUGGCAAGGGUGCACCUAGGAUCUUCUUGCUGACGAAGAACAAUUUUGUCCUGGCCGACCAGAAGACAGGCCAGAUAAAGGCCUGCGUGCCACUGCCCGAUCUCAGCAGUGUGUCUGUCAGCACACAGGUCGAUGGCUUCUUCGCCCUCAAACUCAAAGAGGGCACUGCCUCUGCAGCCAAAGGUGAUUUUCUGCUCAGCAGCGAUCAUCUGAUUGAGAUCAUCACCAAACUCCACCGCACAGGAGCACCGGCAGCCAACCGCGAUCAGUUAAACAUCGACAUCUCAGACGAGUUCCUGGUGCAGUUCAAGCAGGAUAAGGUGUGUGUGAAGUUCAUCCAGGGCGGCCCAAAGAAUGGCAGCAGUGCAGCCUGCAAGCGCAAAAACAACCGUCUCUUAGAAGUUUGUGUGCCAUCGCCCUAGAAAUGACUCUUCCCAAAGGGGUUCCAACUCUUGGACAUUUUACCAUCCAACCCUACAAAGCCCCCACCUUGUAAUUGUGCAAUUCUAAUAUUUUAUUGUGCUUAUGUUGUUUUUCUAGUUCAAAGUGAUUGGCUCACUGUAUUUGUGCUGCAAUACCAAGGAUAGAGGAGAUUGCAUGCCAUUUGGAAGUACAGUAGGCAUGACCCUAAAAUAAAAUAAGGUCUUUGUUUUACCUGUACUAUUUUUAAUAGGAGAGUGGGUCUACCAAUAAAGAAUGUGGUCCUUGCUUUGUCAUAGCACAAGAAAUUCCUUGUUCAGCAGCAAAGAUAAUGAUUGUGAUUAUGAGCAUCAGAUGGCAUCAGCAGCAGCUUAAACCAGACGUGAUGGGACUGUGUCCAGUCAGGCCAAGCUAAACUCAUCCAGCUAAGCUACAACAGGCCACGCAAGCUGUCUGGGUCCCUGCAGGGGUCAGACCUGGCUGGCAAGGCUGUCAGACCAAGUCAAUGAGCACUGAAAGAAAGGUUACAAAUGGAACAAUUGCACUUAUUUAAAUUUUGGCAAGAUAUAGACACAAAGAGUGAGAAUCUGAUGUUUUCUAAUUCUCGUUUUGUCUGUUAGUUGGUUGGAUGGCUGGUUUGGUGAUGCCCACUUAGCAUACUGAUUCAAGUUUAGCAAAAGGAAGUAGUUCUGUAUAGUUUAGAACCACCAUUUUUUCUGUUUUUUUUGUAAAUAACCUUGUGCCAUUUAGCAGUCCCCUCAGCACGGGAAUGUCAUGUGUCUCACAGCAGUGUGAAAUCAGCCUUGAUGAGUACAGAGAAGCCAAAGCCCAAACGUUCCCCUCAUGCACAGUUGAUUACAAACAGUUGACUAUAAGAUUAGGCAGGCAAGGGGGUUUUGACAGCACACUAUGCGUGUGAUCUAAAUGUUGAGGUUUUUUUUUUGUUUGUUUUUUUCUUCCACAGAAAGUCCCACACACAGUUGCACACUUUUAGUCCAAAAUCCCAAUGCAUACGCAACUUGAUUCUGACUUGUUGUUUGUCUGUGGAAUGUGCAGAUUCUGCCCAUAUGUAAAUCAGACAGGUAGGGAAGAAGACAUUUCAAAAUGGAAGGAGGAAGUCAAGGGACCCCCUCAUACUUCCCAUGUUCUCAAUAAUGGCUUCUCCAGAUGCUGCUCAAACGGUAGUUGCAGCAGCCUUCUUCUCUGCCAGUGUGCUUGUUUUUAGAAAGCCCCCUACGGGAAAGGGAACUAUUCUUAUUGUCGGCACACACAGUCCUCUGUUUGCAAGCCCUCCCUUACUGGUCGGCCCCAGAGAAAAAGAAAAACAUGGUAAGGGGGACAACAUCCAGGGGUGAUUGUUCAACAAGCUAUUUUCCCCAACAAUGCCGUUUCCCAGAUGCUUGUUGAGGGAGGCUGCACCUUCUAGCUAAAUCCUUCCCUGCGUCAUGCAAGCCAGCUGUAAAUAUGCAACCCAUAGAGCUUGUUUGUGAAUGAAGUGUAUUGAGGGUUAAUUAUAGAAUCCUAAACUUAUCAUAUUGCUGUGCUGCAAACCCAGUAAAUCUAUAUGUCUUUUUGCCAUUGGAAUGUGGGCUGUUUUUAUUUUUAGCCAGCCCAUUGAGGCUAAUAAUAAAUGCAGUGUUUUUCUUGGGGCAGAACCAAACAGAUUUAGAGAGCAGACAGCUAUACACUCAUGCAGAGAUUGAAAACAUGUUGCUCCUCCUCUUUACAAAUCAAGCCUACGCACACAAACACACUCACACAGCAUGUUCAGAAAACUAAAUAGUGCUUUAUUUUGAAGUACAUUUAAUAUGGUGUUGGAUGUUUUAGAAGUCUUUUGUACUAUUGAUUUCAAAGUAAAACAGUGGUGACUGUGCGGAAUUUCAUAUAAUUCAGCUCUAAUCACAUUAUUUUGUUCGUAUUCUGCUGGUGUUUCACCAUUUUAAGAAUUUGUAUGCUUAUUUUUUCCACUGAAAAAAUAUCUGGUUUUGAUCAGAAGGGGUUCAUAAACAGUGAUUUCUCUCUCUCUCUUCUCAAACGCAACUAAGCAAGUUGAGCUAGUAGGAAGCCAUUUCCUUUUGGGAUCCUGUACAGUUUUCGAAAUCUAAUGCAGUAUGCUACAGUUAAUCUUCUCUCUCUCUCUCUUCUGUGUUAGUAGUUUGAAGUAAAGGAGAGAUUAAAAAGAAAUGAUGUAUGCAUUCUUGUUUUGUGCCUAAUGUAACCUGUACUCAAGGAGAACAUGGACAUGUUUCAAUAGUAUAAGUGUAACAAAUUUCAAUUAAUCUUUUUUCUAAAUUAAAGGAAUAAAUACAA